CAUUACAAAAUAAAACCUGAUUAUAUAAAUGAGAUUCAUGAGAUAGUUUGUCAUGUGAAAGUAAGUGCGCGAGUUGUAUUGAAUUGUUUUACGCGCCGCUGUAUUUGACCUUGGAUUAGAUUAGAAUUUGAGAAUCUUGAAAUGCCAUGCUGUAUCAGAAUUUGAGUUUGCUAAAGUGAAUUGAGAACCAUUUUGCGAUGGCAGGUAUAGUGGAAGACAAGAUGAUGCUUGUCCAAUUCUUGGACAUACUGGCUUUGAGUAUACUCAUGCCAGCAGUGCCACCAACGAUUUUAAAAACCGGUGGUACCUUGAUGCAUCUUGGAGUUUUCAUGUCGAUCAGCGCAGCCGUACGAAUAAUGUCGUCAAAAAUUUGCGCAGAACUGCUGAAAAUAUCAGGGAAAAAAACACUUCUUUACUAUUCCCUCAUCAUCAGUUGUACCUUAAACGCCUUGCUCUUGUUGACUUCGUCUUUUUAUGGCAUCAUGCUCAACAGAGUGUUAUUCAUAUUGUUCAAUCAGGUAUCUCAUAUUACCUCCCUGAUUUCCUUAAAGGACAAAAAGACUUCUACCAGCGCUUUAAAAAACCCUUUAACCCAAAGACUGAUUGCUGGGUUAUCUGGAUGUGCCAUAGUGGGAUCCAUAAUAGAUUCUGAAGGUGGUUUUUACGUGUUGGUAUUGUUGGCAAUGGCAAUAUCUGCAAUUGCGGCUGCCAUCGUCGUGCAAGAUCCACCCGUUGAGAAGGAGAAAGAGAAGGAGCUAGUUUCGUCUGAAGUCGUUGGCGUCUUGAAGAAAACCUACGAUUCCACCGUCAAAGAGAUCCAAGAUCUGGAUAUACAUUUCGCCAACUGGGACGCCCUCCUGAUCAAGUCUCUACUUGUGAUCAACGCUAAAGUCGUCUUCAUCCUGUACGUAGUGCUGAUCAUCUUCGUUUUUCAAGGAAAAGGAUCUCUGGUAAACGCCACGGCGGCUUACCAGACCGUUGUCCUGGCUGUUUCAGGCGUUGCCUUCGAAAAGAUCAACUUUAGAGUGAACAAUCUGGCCGGUCCCAAACAGAUCUUGGAAAAAUCUCUUAUUUUGUGCACUGUUUUCGCCCUGCUUCAAAGUUGCUCUCCGAGUUAUAAAUUUUAUUUGUUGAUGUUCGUUCCCUUCGUGAUAUCGAGGUGUUUCGUCGAAUAUUACUAUAAGGAAGUUUACGAAACCAAGAAGAACCAGAAGCUGGCGCAAGAUUUGGAAACGGUAACAACGAUCACUGAAAUUUUUGGACCUCUGCUUGUUGGAUUGAUGUUCCAACUCCUCAAACAUAAUGCGUAUAGGUUAUUGACUGUCGCUCCUUUUGUAGCCAUUUACUUCGUAGUUAGUAAAAAGGUGUAUAAAGAGGUGAAACCAGAGAAAAUUUCCGAGAGUGAAAAGAAGAAAACUGAGGCUGAUAAAGACAAGUGAGAUUGUUGAAACUCUUCGCUGUCGAUCUCAAAACCAAUACAUUCAACUCGCAAAUAAUGAUAAUAAAGAGAAUUUUUUAAAGA